AUGGAAGCCAGCGCGGCAGGUCCCCCACUGCUGUUCAUGUUAAUAUACAUCUGUGGACUCCCGCACGGCGCCUGCAGCAGCGACGCGCCGCGGGUCCUCGGGCUGCGGCUGGAGGACCCGCACGGCUCGGUGCGCAUGGCGGACCGGGUCAUCUCUGCGCCCGAGGGAGCCACGUUCAGGCUGCGUCUGUUCGGGAUGAACCUGAAUGGGAGCUCGGGCUGGAUGGCGUUCGCGGGGGCGGCGGCGGGGGUCGCGGUCGGGGUCGGGGACGCGGAGGACCCGUGCGGGGUCGAGCUCAGACGCAAGAGCUCCGUCUUCCAGGUGGAGGACGCGUUCGUCCCGGACGAGGAGUCCAGCGGGCUGCUGACGGUGGCGGUGACCCGCGGGGACGAGCCCAACGAGCACAACGACCACUACCUGUGCGUGCGGGACGGGGAGCGCUGGGCGGCCGCGGGGUCGGACCGGCUGCGGGUGCGCAGCGGCGGCGGGGCUCCGUCCCGCAUCCCUGCGUGGGCUGUGGCCGUGCUGGCGGUGCUGCUGCUGCUGCUGUGCGGGCUGCUGAGGACCGUGAACCUGAGCCUGCUGUGGCUGGACCCCGUGGAGCUCUACGUGCUGCACAGCUGCGGCUCCGAGGAGGAGAAGAGAGCCGCCAAGCGCCUGGAGCCCGUCCGGAGGAGGGGGAACUUUCUGACGUGUUCGCUGCUGUUUCUCUGUGCGGUGGGACACUCGGUUCUGGGCGUGCUCAUGUUCCAGGCGCUGGGCUCCAUCGUCUCGGCGGCGUUCACCAGCGGCUUUCUGAUCUUCUUCCUGGCUGAACUGGCUCCUCACAUCCUGUGCUCCGGUUAUGGUUUCCAGCUGGCGCCUGGGCUGACCUGGGUGGCCCAAGUCUGCAUGGUUCUCACCAUUCCCUUGUCCUGUCCUCUUGGGCUGAUCCUGGACCUUUGCCUGAGGAGAGACAUCAGCACCUGUGGGAUAAGAGAGAGGGCCAUGGAGAUGAUCCGCACGAGCACCAAUGACCCCUACAGUGAGUUUGUGAAGGAGGAGUUCAGCCGCGGGAUGCUGCGGACGAAGACGGUGGAGGACAUCCUGACCCCUCUGAAGGACUGCUUCAUGCUGCCCAGCUCGGCCGUCCUGGACUUCUCCACCAUGUCCGAGAUCAUGCAGUGCGGCUACACCCGCGUUCCCAUCUAUGAGGAGGAGAGGUCCAACAUCGUGGAAAUCCUGUAUGUGAAAGACCUGGCGCUGGUGGACCCGGAGGACCGCACGCCCAUGACGACCAUCACCAAGUUCUACAACCACCCGCUGCACUUCGUCUUCAACGACACCAAGCUGGACGCCAUGCUGGAGGAGUUCAAGAAAGGAAACUCCCACAUGGCCAUCGUCCAGAAGGUGAACAACGAGGGGGAGGGGGACCCCUUCUACGAGGUGCUGGGGCUGGUCACGCUGGAGGACGUCAUCGAGGAGAUCAUCAAGUCAGAGAUCCUGGACGAGUCGGAUGGCUACCUGGACAGGAAGGUGAAGCGACCCCUCCCUCCGCUGGAGAUCCCGCUGGAGCCUCGCAGCUCCCACGAGGAGUUUUCUCUCUUCAAGCCUCCAGAGGGAGAACCGAAGAUCCGGACGUCCCCGCAGCUGCUGCUGGCCACGCACCGCUUCCUGUCCAGAGAAGUGGAACACUUCAGCCCGAUCCGAGUGUCUGAGAAGGUUCUGUUCCACCUGCUGCGCCACCCCAGCGUCAACCAGGAGGUCCACUUCGACCACACCAGCCGUCUGAGUCCAAGCCACUACUUGUACACCCGCAACCAGCCGGUGGACUACUUCAUCCUGCUGCUGCAGGGCCGUGUGGAGGUGGAGAUCGGCAAAGAGGGGCUGAAGUUUGAAAACGGGGCCUUCACGUAUUACGGCGUCUCUGCUCUGACGUUGCCGUCUUCAGUGCACCAGUCCCCAGUGUCGACGCAGAGAAACUCUCCCAGGGAUCCGUUCGAGUCGGCCGAGGCCACCAGCCCGUCCAGCUACUGUCCUGACUACACCGUCCGUGCGCUUACCGACCUGCAGCUCAUCCGGGUGACGCGUCUUCAGUACCUGAACGCUCUCAGGGCCUCGCGAGUCGGCCAUAGUCCAGAUCCUCCAGAGAUCAAGAUCCUGCCCAACAGCCAGACGAAGCUGCUCAACGAGAGAAACGCCACACAAGAGUUUCCUGUAAACUUUUCAUUCUUUGGUACCAUCGAGAACUUCUGCUAGUGUUUGUUUUUGCAUGACUGAGCCGCCACUCAGGCACGGACCACCCCUCGCUGCAGGACACGUAGCCAUCUUAGAUCAGAGGUCUCUUCCAUGACAUCCUCUCACCUCUGUCGUCCCAGUAGAUGUUCCUUUAAUCCAUUUAGCCCACCCAGUCCCAGGAGUUUCCCCCACAAGCCAAGAGCACAGCAGGUGAUGAUCCGUGUCCUCUGGCGUCCGCGUCGGAGCGUCCAGAACAGCCUUGCAGGACAGCUGAGCAACAGUCUGACUGACUGAACUCUUCACGGCAGCUCUCGGACCUUCCAGGAAACAUUUUAUACAGUAAUCAAUCGUUCGUGGCUGAAAUGAUGGUGAAUUAGUGCGUUUUUAGUUUUUUUUUUAAAAGAUGUCAGUUAAAUUAUAUAAAAAAUCCAAAUUUAAAUUAAGCAAACUGAGAGGGCUCCCACAGCAGUGUCAUGGCAACAGUCAGCUGGGAGGGGCUUUGAAGUUGAUUUCAUGCACAGUGUGAGAAGAGCUCAGUGUAAGCCCCGCCCCUCACACACAGACCAGCCAAUGGCUGUGGAGUAUCAGUUCCACAGGGACCAGAACUCAGGUAUCCAGAGAGGGUGGAGCUUAUUUUAUUCCAUUCUUUAAAUUGGAUUUAGGACGUAUGACUAAAUUAAGAGACUUUAUUUUUAUUUGUUUUGUUUUUAACGUCUCAGCUAUGUUGAGGAAACGGUGCUUUAACAAGUGUCCUCCUUCCUGCUGAGAAGACGGAAAAGGAGCUGAAGACCUCCGGGACGUCCGGAGGACAUGUGACAUCACCUCAGGUGUACUUGCAGACUGAAACGCUGGCACAAGGACGGGUGAAGCAACAGACGCUGCUGUCACUCGAGUCCUAACAGCAGCUCAACAAGUCAGCAAAAAGAGCUUCUUUUGUGCCGUCUGUCAUGCCUGCUUCUUCCUCCCUUUGAACGCUCAUCAUCGUGUGUGUGUGUGUGUGUGUGUGUGUUUUCAUGUGUCAUGACCUCACCUCAGCUCUCCUCUCAUUGGUCGGGUUCACAGGUGACAGCAGAUCUCAGGAAAGCUCCACAGAAGAGGAGGCUCAUGGGUAGUGCUGUGACAUAAAAACCUGCUCGACGUAGGGCUUUUUUAUUUACAAUUUUGUUCUAUUGUUCAACAAUAAAUCUAUGGCUGAAAUGUUAUCAGACUGGAGUGGGGGGUUGUGGGGUUGGGUGGGUCACACUUCAUCUCCAUUCCUUCAUGUUCGUGUUUUUUUUCUUCAAUAGUUUUUUUUUUAUUCAUAUUUUAUAAUCGGAUGUUUGUAGUCACAAGCUAAGUAUGUGAACCCUCUGGAAGACUUUUUUUUUCUGCAUCAGCUGGUGACGUGUUCGUGUUCAGCAUGUACAUGAGGGCGGGGUCAACACAAACAACCCAUCGUACACGUAGCCACGGCCCUGGUUUCCUUUAACAGUUUUUACUUGCGUGUUCAUUUUACCGUCACAAACUUGUUUGCUGUAACAAUUUUAACGUGUUUUUACUUCUCUUGAAAUGGGGACGCUGUCCGGCGCCACUAGUUGUUUUACGUUGUGAUAGCUGGCAUUCUGGACACAAAACAGGAGCAUUCGUUAUUGGUUAAAAUGUAGAAAACCCCAGAGCGUUCACAUACCGUUCUAGUUUGAUGUGACGGCGCUUUCCUUCCAGGUUCAGCCGUCUGAACUGAACCUGUGAUGUUGCCAUUUCUGGCGCUUAUUUGUCCGAGUGCCAAAGUUGUGUGGGAGGGGGGUAUCCGCGCGAGAGCCGAAGCAACCGUCCGUUUGAAACACUAACCUGCAAAGUAUUGGUCUGUUUUUUUCAAGAUGUGACACUUCCGUUCUAUAACUUCAACGUAGUAAGUUGUGCGUCCGAGUAUCCGAUAUAUCUGUGAUUAAUUGGCUUAAAUCAGUGAGCAAAAGGACUGUCACAUUUCAGUCCAGGGACAUCUGCACUCCUCUGAUGCACGGAUAAAACUAAGCCUUGCCUCUCAAACAAAGAUGGCUGUUUAUCAGUUGUACAGGGACCAGAACUCAGACAUCUGAAGUUUUCAGCUCCACCGCCCCCCUUCAUCUGGGAGGUGGGACCCGGUGUAGAGUUGCUGCUCCUCCAUUUCAAAAGGAACCAGUUGGGGUUGAUGUUUCAGGGAUGUCCAACUGGAAUGGGGCUCCGGGGAAGAGCCAGGCCAUGUAUGAAGGAUUUUAUCAAGGUAUCGCCCAGAGGAGUGAGAGGGUUUGUGUGGGGAGAGGGAGGUCUGGGUCGGAGUGCUGCCCCGUGAAGUGAAUGCAGACAAACGGGAGUCGACGGACACUUUGACAUUCAGAGCACUGGGCAGAAACUAGAGUUUUAAUUAAACAGGACUGUUAGUAGGUCCACAACUGGUCUUCCCCUGGUGGAAAUGCAGCAUCAGAGCAGUGCAGACCUGGAGAUCUCUGAUAUUAGCGCCGAUGUCGUGAAUCCAGCUGGUUCUCCUCGGACAAAUGAAAACAAAUAAGACAAUAACUACUCCUCAAACUACCGGUGUGUACAACUCCAACAUUUCUGAAUUUUGUCUACCGGCUGUUUCCACCUGAAAAAGUUGUUUAAAUGUAUUUAGCCUCCAGUUUUGUCAAACUGCACCCGCAGGUCCAAUGUGAUGCAGUAAGUUGGUUAAAUACAAAAUAAAGUUGUCCAGCAGAGGGCGCCAUCCUAACACAUGUUUGUCCAAGGAGAUUCAGAGCACGUUUGUACCCAGAAGCACUUUGUCACUUCGUCAGCAUUCCUGACCGUGUUCACAUUUGUUCGUUUGUGCAUCAGUCUGGUCAUCGUUGCAUGUAUGUAAAUCUGUAAAAUACACAAUCGCUAACAUGUUUGUCUAUCGGUGAUGAAGAGUGAACGAUCAGCAUGAGCGGUUAAUAAUGAAGUAUCAAUGAGGUAUUAAUGGGUUAUUAACGAGGUAUUAAUGUCAAUAUGUGGCAGAUAUACGUCAGGUCAUCAGCGCCGCUCAUCUCUGCAUUUAUGCUCCAUUUGUUGGAUUCUGUCAGUGUUUUCACAUAUCGCCAUGUGUUUUUGUCUCUGUGUGGGGGGGGGUGUAAAUAUGGGAUAUUAGAGUAAAUAUUUUUCAUCUAUUUAGACUGAAUGUAAAUCAAGUGUACUACUGUAGAUAAUCCUCGUAUUAAUGACUGCUUAGAUGAAACCAACUCGGGUUCUGAUGUCAACCGGACCCGUUUUUCAGGUACAAUGCUGUUACGGAGAGUUUUAUUAACUGAUUUUGAUGUCCAGGUCACAUUUUUACAGAAACUGAUGUUCUGGGUUAUUUUUGUGAACACUGUUGGGUUUGGUGAACUGGCACGCCUUUGCAUCUACAUUUUGAAUAAUUUCUUAGCAAAUAAAAUCUUUCUUAUU